AUGGCCCCCAAUCUCUUCCUGUGUCUCCGCACCCUCUGCUGUCCCUCCUACUGGUUCCAGCAAGGCGAACGCAUCGACGGCAAUGUGAACCGUGAGCAGCAUUGGGAAACCCCCGUCCCCGGAACCUACAAGUUCUUCCCGGGUCGCGGCUGGCAUCUCAUCCAGCGUGAUGGAUGUGACUACGAAGAAAAGGUCCCUGCUGCUCUGGUCUACUGCCGCAUCCUCCACCGAUAUAUGUUUGAAUCCGAGCUCGCAGAGCGCAGCCGCUGGUUCUCGGCUCCGCUACACAAGGGUGGUCCUCCCGAGCAGCUGCACUUCUUCCUUCUCGACGACGGCGUCCACUGGGUUGCUGGCUGGGAUGCCAAGGGUCGUUUCAUUCCUGGACCUUAUCCCAAGUGGUGGCUCGAUGAGGAUGGAGAGACCUUGCGCCGCCGCGCUUCUCCCCCCACGAGUGCCAAUGUGUCCCGGUGCAGCAGUAUCAUCGCAGGCAAGUUCGAGUGA